GUGUGUGCCGGGGAAGGGCCGGGCCGGUCCCCCCGCGCUGACCGCGUCUCAGGGCCCGCAGCAUGGUGCAGAUCGUCAUCUCCAGCGGCGGCGCCGGGGCCCUGGCGCAGUGGGUGCUGGUGGAGCUGCAGGGCGAGGUGGAGCCCCGGCAGAGCGGCGCGCUGGCGGGCAGCCUCCUGGGAGACCUGCACUACACCCGCGAGGGGGUGCCCGUCCUCAUCGUGGGCCAUCACAUCCUCUAUGGGAAGGUGGUGCAGCUGGAGAAGCCCUUUGCUGUGCUGGUGAAGCAGGGAGCCGAGGAGCCAGGCCCUGCGGGGCCGGAUACGUGUUACACCAUCGCUGCCCUCAUCAAAACCAAGCUCCUUUUCAAAACCCGCCCCAAGCCCAUCAUCACCAAUGUGCCCAAGAAAGUGUGAGGACUUGGGCUGAUGGCUGCGAGCACCAGGCGACGCAGGGCUGGCAUCUCCAUCCUGUGUAGAGGACUCCAAGGGUCACCUCAAAGUGCAGAUCCUGCAUCUGUGUGCCCAGAGCUCUUCACAGGUCAUUUGUACCCCCUGCAAUGACUCAGUUUCUGAGAGCUGCCGUGCUCUUGGGCACAAACCCAAGUGCCAUCCUAGGUGAUGUGGGUCCUGAUGGGCAGAAACAUCCUCUGAGCACAGGGGCUGCCCUCAGGGCUUGGAUUCAGCUGGUCCCAGUGUGCUGCCAGCGCU